AUGUUUGGGAUUCAGGAGAAUAUUCCGCGCGGGGGGACGACCAUGAAGGAGGAGCCGCUGGGCAGCGGCAUGAACCCGGUGCGCUCCUGGAUGCAUACGGCGGGGGUGGUGGACGCCAACACGGCCGCCCAGAGCGGCGUGGGGCUGGCGCGGGCGCACUUCGAGAAGCAGCCUCCUUCCAACCUCCGGAAGUCCAAUUUCUUCCACUUCGUGCUGGCGCUCUACGACAGGCAGGGGCAGCCGGUGGAGAUUGAAAGGACCGCUUUUGUGGACUUUGUGGAGAAAGAGAAAGAGCCCAACAACGAGAAAACCAACAACGGCAUCCACUAUAAACUCCAGUUACUCUACAGCAACGGAGUCAGAACGGAGCAGGAUCUGUAUGUUCGCCUCAUAGAUUCAAUGACCAAACAGGCCAUCGUCUACGAGGGCCAGGACAAGAACCCGGAGAUGUGCCGCGUGCUGCUGACCCACGAGAUCAUGUGCAGCCGGUGCUGCGACAAGAAGAGCUGUGGCAAUAGAAAUGAGACACCCUCAGACCCUGUGAUCAUUGACAGAUUCUUUCUAAAGUUUUUCCUCAAGUGCAAUCAGAACUGUUUGAAGAAUGCAGGCAACCCCCGGGACAUGCGAAGAUUCCAGGUUGUCGUGUCCACCACGGUCAACGUGGACGGCCACGUGCUGGCCGUGUCCGACAACAUGUUUGUGCACAACAACUCCAAACACGGGCGGCGCGCCCGCCGCCUGGACCCGUCAGAAGGUACGGCCCCUUCUUAUCUGGACAAUGCCACUCCGUGCAUCAAGGCCAUCAGUCCCAGCGAAGGCUGGACCACGGGGGGCGCGACUGUGAUCAUCAUCGGAGACAACUUCUUUGACGGGCUCCAAGUCGUGUUCGGGACGAUGUUGGUGUGGAGCGAGCUGAUCACGCCCCACGCCAUCCGCGUCCAGACCCCACCGAGGCACAUUCCUGGAGUUGUCGAAGUCACCUUGUCCUACAAGUCCAAGCAGUUCUGUAAAGGUGCUCCGGGGCGGUUUGUCUACACCGCCCUUAAUGAACCAACCAUAGAUUACGGCUUUCAGAGGUUGCAGAAAGUGAUCCCAAGACAUCCGGGUGAUCCCGAAAGGUUACCCAAGGAAGUGUUGCUCAAGAGGGCGGCCGACCUCGUGGAAGCCUUAUACGGGAUGCCCCACAACAACCAGGAGAUCAUCCUGAAGCGGGCGGCUGACAUCGCCGAGGCGUUGUACAGUGUCCCUCGCAACCACAACCAGAUCCCUACCCUGGGCAACACCCCUGCACACACGGGCAUGAUGGGCGUGAACUCGUUCAGCAGCCAGCUAGCAGUCAAUGUCGCAGAGACGUCACAAGCCAACGACCAAGUCGGCUACAGUCGCAACACGAGCAGCGUGUCCCCGCGAGGAUACGCGCCGAGCAGUACUCCCCAGCAGUCCAAUUACAGCACAGUCAGCACUAGCAUGAAUGGAUACGGAACUGGCGCCAUGGCCAAUCUAGGGGUCCCGGGCUCGCCUGGAUUUCUUAAUGGCUCCUCCGCUAACUCGCCCUACGGCAUAGUGCCGUCCAGCCCCACCAUGGCAGCCUCUUCGGUCACCCUCCCUUCAAACUGUAGCAGUACACACGGCAUUUUCUCAUUCUCACCUGCCAAUGUCAUCUCUGCAGUGAAACAAAAGAGCGCCUUCGCGCCCGUGGUCCGGCCCCAAGCCUCCCCUCCUCCUUCCUGCACCAGCGCCAACGGGAACGGACUGCAAGCUAUGUCUGGGCUGGUAGUCCCGCCCAUGUGA